AUGCCGCAGGGAGAGAUAUCAACUACGAGCAUUGUCCGGGAUGCUUUAGCCAGUGGGAAAGAAGUCUUCAUUCCGUACACGCACAAACUCGCGGAGACGGGGAAAGAGUCCACUCAGCCCAAGAUAUCAGUAAUGGAUAUGCUCCGGCUCGAGUCUAUGGAGGAAUUCGAAUCACUCCGGCCGGAUAAAUGGGGCAUCCCAUCGCUUGACAAGAGCUCUAUUCCUCUAAAGCAAAAUUGUCUCGGAGGCACCGGCGUUCUGCCAGAAAGACCGCGUGGUGGCAGUGAUGAUCUGGGGUUGGACCUGAUUGUCAUGCCGGGCAUGGCAUUCGAUACUGAUUUGCGACGAUUGGGCCACGGAAAAGGGGAAAUUGCAGGCUCUCCGCGUGCCAGCCAGAGGCCGUUCCUUGGUAAAACAGACUUUCCCCCUUCCAUUUAUUGUAAGACCAUUCAAGUCAAAACGAACGCUGACCGGAUGGCAAAUGCAGUUGCCCUCGCCCUGGUUGAACAGAUUAUACUUCCUCCCGAAGCGAUCCCUGUUGCGAGCCAUGACCAACCUGUAGAUGCGGUCAUUGUCGGUGACGGAAGGUUGAUUGUUGCAAAAACCCCAUAG